GUCGACCGGCAGCCUGAAUGCCCCCAGUCCAUUAUGCCGGUCACGAUGGCUCAUGGAAAUCCCGGGGGCGGCUUCGUGUAUCAGGGCUAUGCCUAUGUCCGCGGCACGGCCUCUGGGACGCUCAUCGCGAGCGACCAAGCGCUGAGCUUUUGGGGCGGCGUGCGACCGGAAACCGGCGAGAUCAUCGAUCAGCAUCAUCCGUUGAAGGGACAGCACCUUGAGGGCAAGAUCCUUGCGAUACCCGGUGGUCGCGGUUCGUGCUCCGGCUCCAUCGUGCUCCUGGAGCUGCUUCUCAACCGCAGAGGUCCCAGCGCCAUCAUCUUUCAGCGGCUAGAAGAUAUCCUGACCUUGGGGGUGAUUGUCGCGGAGGAAAUGUUCAACACGGCUAUUCCGGUCGUGGUGCUGGAGCCAGCGCACUUUGAUAGCGUUACGAAGCUCGACAGGCGCACCAUUCAUGUUCACGACCACUGCGUCUCCAGCACAGAACUCGGGCACAGCACGGAUCGGCAGCAUCUAGUAGAUCAUGACGCGAGCCAAGCAGCCUCUCGCGCAAGUCAGGUCUCCCUUUCGGUUUUCGAUCAAGCGCUGCUAGACGGCCACCACGGUCGAGCCGCCCAGGCAUCGAUGCGCAUCAUCUUGCGAAUGGCAGAGUUACUCGGCGCCGACGAGUUGAUGAGCGUCAGCCAAGUCCACGUGGACAGCUGCGUCUACACCGGACCCGCGUCCCUGGCCUUUGCCGAGCGGCUGCGCGACUGGGGCGGCGAGGUGCUGGUCCCGACGACGCUCAACGCCAUCGCCAUGGACCGGAAGCGAUGGCGCGCCCAGGACAUGGACCCGACGUUCGCCGGGGCCGCCGCGCGACUGGCCGACGCCUUGACGGGCAUGGGCGCCCGGCCGACGUUUACCUGCGCCCCGUACCAGCUGGACAGCGCGCCGAAGCUCGGCGACCAGGUGGCCUGGGCCGAGUCCAACGCCGUCGUGUACGCCAACAGCGUGCUCGGGGCGAGGACCAGGAAGUAUCCCGACAUGCUGGAUGUUGCCAUGGCCCUGACGGGCCGCGCGCCGGCCGGAGGCCCUCACCUGGAGGUCAACCGACUGGCAACACUCGUCGUUCGAGUCACGGAUCUUGGGGAUGCGGACAAGAUCGACGACUCGCUGUAUCCGCUCCUUGGUUACCGGGUCGGCGCCAUAGCCUCAGACCAUAUUCCCGCGAUCAUCGGACUCGACACUUUGGGCCCCUCAAAAGACGACCUAAAAGCCUUCGGCGCCGCUUUCGCGACGGUCUCCAGUGCGCCGAUGUUCCAUAUCGUAGGAGUCACGCCCGAGGCAACACAUCUCAACAAAGUCAUUGCCCCUGAGCCGGGCGUGCGAACCGUCAAGGUCGGGCUACGCGAGCUGUCAAACAGCUGGGACGAGCUAAACAGCACCUCAAACGGCCAGCCAGUCGGCCUCAUCUCCCUCGGGAACCCACACUUUUCCUUUGCCGAGGUGAGGAAGCUCGCUCGACUCUGCCGAGGCCGCAGGAAGAGCGACAGCGUCGCCGUCAUGGUGACGUGCGGGCGGUCGGUAUACCACUUGACGAAGCAGGCCGGACUGAUAGACGAGCUGGAGGCGUUUGGAUGCCAGUUCCUGGAGGAUACGUGCUGGUGCAUGAUCACGCAAGAUGGCAUCCUCCGCACGACGGACGCCAUCAUGACGAAUUCCGGAAAGUACGCCCAUUACGGGCCCGGCUUGACGGGUAGGGCGUUUUAUUUCGGCAGCCUGGCUGCUUGUGUCGACGUGGCUUGUCGGGGCGGGCAUGGAGGUGCCAAGCCCCCGUGGCUGGCUGGCGAUUAUGUAGAUUCACUAGCGAACUGCUGCUAG